AAGCAGUCGAACCGCGAUCGUUCCACGUCCAAUCGCCGUGCGUGUUUUAACGUAUAUUAUCCGUUAUCUGACUGAGAGUCUGGGGCAGUCUUUAUUCGUAAGAGCCCUUACGGACCUCAAUUAUUUCGUGUUCUUACAACGUAGUAGGUACCGUAAAUCACGGUUGGCCGUCGUUUGCCGCCGAUUCACAUUCCGCAACGAAUAACUAUUGUCGAGUAUCAAUAUUCUGCAAAUCUCACAGUCAAUAAUACUAUUGCAAGUUUUACCGUUUACGGCUGUCACGCGCGAUCAUGGCUAAAGCUGGCUUCAGAGACUACGAAGCUGACAAAGCAAAACUCACGGAAUUCCUACAAAACUACCAGGCGUUGGACAAGGAUAACCAGAAGCACGCCAAAUAUGCCGUACAGCUGGCCAAGCUCGCACAUCGCGAACAGGUGUCUUUAUACAUUGAGCUUGACGAUUUAGAUCAUUUUGAUAACUUGUUGGCCGAUGCUGUAUCCGCCAAUUGUCGUCGAUACUCUUCCAUGAUUGGUGAUAUCGUGCAAGAGUUAUUGCCAAAUUACAAAGAUCAUGAACCUGAAAACAAAGAUGCAUUGGAUGUCUACAUUGAACAUAGAAUAUUGGCCCAGCAAAGACAAAGAAUGAGACAAGGUGAUGAAAAUAUCGCUCCUACAAAUAGAUAUCCUCCAGAACUUAUGCGAAGAUUUGAAAUAUAUUUUAAAGAUUUAAGCACUAGAAAAGAAUUACCUAUCCGUGAUGUGAAAGCUAAUAGCAUUGGUAGAUUAAUAUCUGUGCGUGGAAUUGUUAUGAGAAGUACAGAAGUUAAGCCUAUGGUUGUAGUUGCAACUUAUUCUUGUGAUUUAUGUGGUGGAGAAACUUAUCAACCAGUAAAUUCACUAACAUUCAAGCCUUUAGAAUUCUGUCCAAGUCCAGAAUGUUCAGCUAAUAAACCAGGUAGUCGGUUGUACUUACAAACUAGAGGAUCUAAAUUUAUAAAAUUUCAAGAACUCAAAAUUCAAGAACUGAGUGAUCAAGUUCCAGUAGGUAAUAUUCCGCGUUCGUUAACUGUGUUAUGUAGAGGUGAAGCUACACGACAAGCAGUACCAGGAGACCACAUAUCAGUAACUGGUAUAUUUUUACCAAUGGUUCGUUCUGGAUUCCGACAAAUUCAGCAAGGUUUACUAUCUGAUACUUUUCUUGAAGCCCAUUAUGUUGAAUGUUUAAAUAAACUAAAUGAAGAAAAGCUUGGAGAAGGUGAAUUAUCUGAAGAAGAAGUAUUGGAAUUGGCUGGUGAUGACUUUUAUACAAAAUUAGCUGCAAGUUUGGCACCAGAAAUAUAUGGCCACGAAGAUGUCAAAAAAGCAUUAUUAUUACUUUUGGUUGGUGGUGUAGACAGAGCACCCGAUGGAAUGAAAAUUAGAGGAAGCAUCAAUAUUUGUUUAAUGGGAGACCCUGGUGUAGCAAAAUCUCAAUUGCUUUCUUAUAUUGAACGUCUUGCUCGUCGUAGUCAGUAUACUACUGGUCGAGGUUCUUCUGGAGUCGGUCUCACUGCUGCUGUAAUGAAGGAUCCUUUAACCAAUGAAAUGGUCUUAGAAGGUGGUGCCCUUGUAUUAGCUGAUCAAGGUGUAUGUUGUAUAGAUGAAUUUGACAAAAUGGCAGAAUCUGAUCGAACUGCUAUUCACGAAGUGAUGGAACAACAAACCAUUUCAAUUGCUAAGGCUGGAAUAAUGACACGUUUGAAUGCUCGUGUGAGUAUAUUGGCUGCAGCCAAUCCUGCUUAUGGAAGAUAUGAUCCUAAACGUUCAAUUGAAGCAAAUAUCCAACUUCCAGCAGCUUUACUUUCUCGUUUUGAUUUAUUAUGGUUAAUUCAAGAUAAACCCAAUCGUGAAAAUGAUCUUAAGUUAGCACAACAUAUAACAUAUGUUCAUAAGCAUAGUCGUCAACCACCAACUGAAGUACAAGCAUUAGAUAUGAGUUUGAUGCGUCGUUACAUUGAUUUGUGUAAGAAGAAGACUCCUACUGUUCCUGUAGAGCUUACAGAUUUUCUGGUCGAUUCCUAUGUUGACUUGCGUAAGGAUUCACGUAACAAUGGUGAUACAACAUUUACCUCGGCAAGAAAUCUUUUGGCCAUACUCAGAAUAUCUACAGCUUUAGCUAAGCUCAGAUUAUCAGAUGUGGUAGAACGUGAAGAUGUAGUUGAAGCUAUGAGACUUUUAGAAAUGUCUAAAAUAUCUUUAAUGCAAAUUGAUGAGAAAACUGGAAGACCUCAAACUGUUGUGGACCGUAUAUUCAAUGUAAUAAGAGAAUUAGCUGGAGGGCGAACUGUUGUUAAAAUGUCUGAUAUUAGAGAAUAUUGUACCAGUAAAGGUUUCAACACGUUUCAAGUUGAUGAUUGCAUUGAAGAAUAUGAAAUGCUUAAUGUGUGGCAAGUGAAUCAAGCUAAAACUACAAUUACUUUUAUAUAGGUACUUUUCUUAGAUUAAAAUUUUUUACCUCAUUUUUUGUAUCUAUGUACUACAAUUAAAAGAUUAAAUGACUUUUUGUAUUGUA